UUGUACUCUCUUGCAUUCAGUUACAGACGCAUGAGCUGAAAGGCAGCGAGUGGUGCUGAGAUUUCAGUCCUGCCCUGGGACUUUAUGCUAACAUGGUCUUGCGAGGGCUGGCUCUGGCCUUUCUUCUGGUCCUUGCACCUCUGAGGGCUGCACAGGGAGAGGAAGAGUCUAGUCCUAAAGCCGAAGGAGUACCCCAGGAAACAGAAAUGUGCCAAAGGCCCCGGUGGGAUCGAAGACUCCAGCUGGCACCAGACCACACAACCUACAAAAAGAAUGAAGAAGUCAUGCUGAGCUGCCCUGAGGGUCUCCAUCCAUCCUUCUCCCAAGUCAAAUGUGCAAGUGAAGUCCAGUCUAUCAGUCAUGGGAAACCUGUAUACAGAGAAGUUUGGAUGGGGAGCAAUGGCACAGGUGGCUGGAUCCGCAUUCGAUCUAACGUGGAGUGCGUUGAACUUCUCCAGGUUGUCCCUGGUACCUCGGAGGUUUCUGCCACCAGCAUCAAACUGAACUGGACCUGCAGGUUCCCUGACGCCUGCCAGCACAUGCGGGCCAUGUGCCGUCUGGCUGGGCCUUCCUCCCCUCCCUGUGAGGCCAAGGAGGUCACGGGAGAGGAGAUGCUACAGGGCCAGAAGGGAACAUUCACCUGCCCCCCUCUGCAGCCCUUCACUGUCUACAGCGUCACCAUCUCCUUGCCCCCCAGCACGGUCCUGUUCACGUGGCAAUUCCAGACAGAGGAAACAGUGCCGGACAAACCAGAGAAUCUGUCACUGGAUCCCAGCACCGGGUUGCUCAGGUGGAAGGCGCUGCCCUCCUGCAAAGGGCAGAUCCUUGGAUACCAGCUGAGCAUCACGGCCAGGAGUGCGCACGAGGCCGGCUUCCUGGAGAUUGAGCGGCUGAGGGUGAACAGCUCUGUCACCGAGUACACGCUGCCGGACCACCGACCCGGGCGCACGUACGUGGUGACGGUGCAGGGCCUCACGGCUGCCGGUGCCGGGGCUGUGUCACGCCAGGAAUUUCUCAGCAGCGGCUUGGAGACCUCCGCCCCUCUCAACGUCAGCUCCUGCGGCGCUCGUGACAUCUCCCCAUCCCAAGGGACGGUCGUGCUUCCCCUGCGCCCCAUCACCCAGCCCCACGGGGCAGUGAGGGAGCACCAGCUCAUUGUCGCUGUGACCCAGGACACCGCUACGGUGGCAGGCGUGUGCUCAGGGGAGCUGCAGCCCUUCGACGCCAGCCUGCAGCACCGUGCCUACGUGGCCGCGGUGCUCAACCUCACGGCCCCCACCGACUUUGUGCUGGGUGACGGGACUCGCCAGCACGGUUACUACAACGCUCCCCUCCAGCCGGACGGGAACUACACGGUCCUUCUCCGCCUCGUUCACCGCCAGCAGCAGGCAGAGAAGUUCACCUGUGUUUGCUACAGCUUCUCUGGGCAAGCCCCGGCCCCAUGGCCCUGGACUGCGGUCACAGUGGUUCUUGUGCUCUUGGUGUUGGCCUUCCUGUUUGCAGGGAUCCUGUGGUUUGUGCUGUCCAGGAAAAAGAAGGCCUUGAUCAGCCAACGCAAGGAGAACAAUUAAAAAGGAUGGCAGGAGACAGGCAGAGCAGUGAGGGAGUGGAGAAGAAGAGCAGGACAUCUCUGGCUUGAUGCUGAUGGCAGCCGGCUCCCCAGGCGCUCCUAUGACUGUGAUCAGCCUGGGAGCCUUCAUCUGGUUCAGCAGAGCAAGAGGAAAACAGGAGGCCAAGGAAAGGCUGUGAGCUUUCUGUUCCCUGAACCCUCUACCUUGCCCCGUCCUUCACUUACUGAUGUUGUGAUGCCUGGCGUACUUUGAUGAGACUUCUUAUAGUUCCUUUUUUUGAGACUUUGCUUUCUUUUUUGCUUUCCUGGAAGCAGGAACUGGAAACAAGGCUUCCUAGCCAUUGAAUUGUAUGGGCUCAGGCUGAAGUUUGGCUUGUGCUGCUGCCUCCAGCUGGGCUCCCAACCCCUCUCCCUGCUCCAUAUGCUGAUAUCCAGCCACACCCCUGGCUCUGCUCAAAUUUGGCCCUCAUCAUUCUGCCUGCUGUGUCCAGAAAACCAAUAAAGGCUUGUGGUUUGGAGGGGGCUGCCCUCUUGCCCUGC